CCCGCCUCCCUGCCCCCUCCUUCUCCGGGUUUCUCAGGAAGGUGGCGGCGGGGGUGCCGGGGGAGAGGUUGUCUGCGAAAGCCCGCGGCUAAAGCCCCGGGGCAAGGGAUGGGGGUGGGGCCGGGGAGUCGGAGAUCUGUUUACUAGAAAGUCCCAGGGUCGUGCGCGGCAGCUGCCCCGGCCUAGGCCCGGGUGCAUUGUGUUGGCCCGAGCCCCGUGCGCCCGCGGCGGCCCCGGGCCAGGUGCAGUGGCCGGACGGCUCCGUGCAGCUUUGUGCUCCGGUCGCUCGCGCGCAUAGCGCUCCAGCGCGGAGCUCUCCGCCGGCCCCCGCGCCCGGACCUUACUCUCCGGUCUCGGCGACCGCUGCCUGCCGAGCGAGAGGGCUGGGAGGCGGGGUACGGCAGCGUGGAAAAGUAACCGCGGCCGCCCAGUUUCUUUUCUACCUAAGCAGUAGUUGUGAGGGGCCCCCACCGCCACCCCUAUUUACAUUUACAUGUGGCAAGAUUGUCUUUAAAAAUCUUUUAAAUUUCGGGCUUUUGCGGCCUAGGAGGUGUACCUAGAGGUUCGAGAGGGCAUUGAAAUCCCCCAGCAAGAGCACGGAAAGAUGAGCCCGGGGGUUGAUUUAUAGCGCACCCCCAACACACCCGGAAUUAAGAGUGAAUGCGGGUCAUGAAAAAUGUCUAAUUGAUUUGUGAUGGUAAAGACACUAACAAGUCAGGGUGGGGAAAACAAACACAACUUUAACUGGAAGGGAAAGACUUCCAAAGAGGGGGCAAGGCUGUGGCCUCCACAUUCCCUCUGCAGCCCGAUGGCUGGCUGGAUCCCUUCCCUUCCCAGCCGUUCCCGGGGAGGUGCCUGGCAGCUCCGGGACUCAGCGAGGAGGCGGUUGUUCAGGGUGCGGACUCGGUCUCCUGCCUGUAUGCUUGGAGAUGCCAGGGCGCUUCGGAGGCUUCUGUCCCAGACCAGGGGUUAAGAUGCGGCACCGAGGAUGGCAACGACGUCAGAGCCCGUGUUUUACGGCGGUCUUCAGUCGGUGCCCCGCUGGGAGAGAGGAAGAACGCACAGUGGUGUUGAUGAGUAGAUCCUUGGAUUCAGAGGUCGGCUGAAACCCAUCAUGCCUGCUUCCAGCGUUCGCUCCGGAGACUUGUGAGUCGAGACUGCCUAUAGGGAGGAAGGAUGGCACAUGGGAUUCCUUCUCAAGGCAAAGUUACCAUAACGGUGGAUGAGUAUAGCUCCAACCCCACCCAGGCAUUCACACACUACAACAUCAACCAGAGCAGAUUCCAGCCGCCACAUGUGCACAUGGUCGACCCCAUCCCAUAUGACACUCCAAAACCAGCGGGCCACACGCGGUUUGUCUGCAUCUCAGACACACACUCCAGAACAGAUGGUAUCCAGAUGCCUUAUGGGGACAUCCUUCUCCACACAGGCGAUUUCACCGAGCUGGGACUGCCCUCAGAGGUUAAGAAGUUUAAUGACUGGUUAGGAAACCUGCCAUAUGAAUAUAAAAUUGUGAUUGCUGGGAAUCAUGAACUGACAUUUGAUAAGGAAUUCAUGGCGGACCUCGUGAAGCAGGACUACUACCGUUUCCCCUCUGUGUCCAAAUUGAAACCAGAGGACUUUGACAAUGUUCAGUCCCUCCUGACGAACAGUAUUUACUUGCAAGAUUCAGAAGUAACCGUGAAGGGAUUCAGGAUAUACGGUGCACCCUGGACCCCGUGGUUUAAUGGAUGGGGCUUUAACCUACCCAGAGGCCAGUCUCUGCUGGACAAGUGGAACCUCAUCCCUGAAGGCACCGACAUACUCAUGACACACGGACCUCCUCUAGGUUUUCGAGACUGGGUUCCAAAGGAGCUUCAAAGGGUUGGCUGUGUGGAGCUCUUAAACACAGUCCAGAGGCGCGUCCGGCCCAAGCUGCAUGUGUUCGGCGGAAUUCACGAAGGGUAUGGCACCAUGACUGACGGUUACACCACCUACAUCAAUGCCUCAACCUGUACAGUCAGCUUCCAACCGACCAACCCACCAAUCAUAUUUGACCUUCCAAACCCACAGGGCUCCUAAAGCGCUCGGCAUCCCAUUGGAAUGUGAGGGACAGUCUACAAACUGCCAUUUUUCUAAUUAUAAACUCACGUCCUCUGACUUGUUUAUUUCCAAAUCCUGUGAGUUCUUUUUGUAAAUUGUCGGAACAGGAGGGAAAAAAAUGUGAUGCUAGCAUUGUGCGGCCUCUUUUUGCUUUUUAAGUGGGGUAUCCAUUUGAAAUCAAAGGAGCAUUGUGAAUUUGUAAAAUGACUUCUGUUUGCUCAAAGGCCACGCCAUUGUAAAUUGUUAGUGUUUGCCAAAGGACAGCCAAGCUUUCUUUUAAAAAAAAAAUGAUGAUUUUAAAAAGUCUUAUUUGAAUAUGCUUUAAGCUGAAAGGAAAAGAUUUUAAAAAAAAAAAGACAGAAAGAAAGAAACACAAAGGCAGUGUUUUGAAAAUCUACCCAGAUUUGCACAACUCUGAGUACUGUUUGAUAUGUUUUAAUUUUCAGUGUUUUGUUGUUGUUUUCUUGGUAUUGCUUCAUUUUUAUUUUACAGAUGUGGCCCCAAUUUAGAGCAAUCUUGACAGAAGUAGGUUUGGAAAAAAAAAAAAAAACCUUAACUUCACUCUGGCUGUAAAGAAGACUGUGUCUGAGGUGGGGGAGAACAGCCCUCGUGUGGAGGCUUAGCCAGAGAGACGCACGUCAUAAUGCUACCAACUCUCACUGUUUGUUUCGUUUAAAUUUUUUGAGCUUUAAGGAUACGGAAACAAGAAUCUGUCAAGAGAUAGUCAUGCAAGGGGAAAAAAGUUGCAGACUCCUUUUUCAAUAUGGAUUUAUAUAUAUGCAUAUUUUUUGUGCAUUAUGACUCAGUUGGGAGUUUAAUCUUGCCAAGGACAGUACAACUGCGAAACAGCAUUGUGCAGCCGCACGUCAGACGCCCGGAGGAACUGGCCCAUUCUUUCUGCGAACUCAGAUCUUAAAGAGCUUGAGUUCAGUCUAGGUACAGUAACAAGUGUGUAUAGCCUUCCACGGAUCCAUUGGAAGCGAACUGAAUAAGGCUUAGUCGUCCUUUCUAUUUAAAUGCCCUGCAUCGUCUUCUCACGCCCCGUCCCCCUCCCAUUUUGCACUGUGUGUUGAUGCAAUCUUCGCUAGCACAAAAUAUUGUUGCUAAUGAUCCUUUCUGGUCCCCCCCAUCGUCGAUGCCAUUGAGCUCUAUUCUAUUUUAUGUUACCUUCAAAUUUAGGAAAGCAGUUGUUUUCUUUAAAUUUAUUGUGAUAUUCUAUAUCUAGCGGCCUUUAUAUGCAAAUAAAAUUGCAAGAUUUUUAAA